AUGCCGCCACAACUUCCUCCAUUCCAACCACCAUCAUCAUCAACACAACAGCAAUCACCAAUAUUACUCCAUCAACAUCAACAACAAUUAUCGUCAUCAUCAUCAUCAUCAUCAAUGCCACCACAAAUGCCACUAUUUCAACCACCACCACAAUCAAUCCCACAUCAACAACAGCAACCAAUUCCACAAUCACAAAUGCCAUCAUUUCAACCACAAUCACAAUUUCAAAUGCAACAACAACUACCUCAUAAUCAACAACAACAACCAAUGCAACAACUGCCACAAUUGUUCCAGCAAGCACCACUGCCACAUCAACAAUCAAUUUUUCAAUCUUCAACUCAACAACAGCAACAUCACCAGCCAUUAUUACCACCACAAAUUCAUCAACAUUCGUUUACUGGGGAGGUGUUAUUGUUUGGAGGAUUAUAUGUUUUAGAGGAGUUUAAAGCCAUUAGCAAUAAAUAA